GCAACUGAGAGAACCACAUACGCGUGUGACAGUGAGAGAGAGUGCAGUUUGUGUCUUUAUGUACUUCCAACUUCGCACUCUCUUUCUCUCACUCCCCACUCUUCUCUUUCUCCCUCCUCUUUUUCUCAUCCACCAACACCAAUUCACUUUUCUUCUUCUUCUUCUUCUUCUUCCUUCAUUUUCUUCUCUGCAUCUCACACUGAUCAUACCCCAAACAACCCUUUUGAGAUAUGUUUAUGGUUAUGGAUUCAGCAGAAAGGUGCUUAGAUUCUCAACUAUGGCAUGCCUGUGCCGGUGCCAUGGUUCAGAUGCCACCCCUCAACACAAAAGUCUUCUACUUUCCCCAGGGCCACGCUGAACACGCUCAUGGGAAGGUGGAAUAUUUCGGGAAAAACCAUCAAACCCGUGUUCCACCACUCAUCCCUUGCAGACUCUCUGCCAUGAAAUACAUGGCAGACCCUGACACCGACGAGGUUUAUGUCAAAAUGAGACUCACCCCUUUGAGGGAACAUGAAUUAUUGGAUUCACAAGAUGAUUGUUUCUUGGGAAACACAAACAGUGGAGGAGUUGAGAAUCAAGAGAAGCCUCCAACUUCUUUUGCUAAGACUCUCACACAAUCUGAUGCAAACAAUGGUGGAGGCUUCUCAGUGCCUCGUUACUGUGCUGAAACCAUUUUCCCAAGGUUGGAUUAUUCGGCUGAGCCUCCUGUUCAGACCAUCAUUGCCAAGGAUAUGCAUGGACAGUGCUGGAAGUUUAGGCACAUCUAUAGAGGGACUCCAAGGAGGCAUCUUUUGACCACUGGAUGGAGCAAUUUCGUGAACCAGAAGAGGCUUGUUGCUGGGGACUCUAUUGUGUUUCUGAGGGCAGAAAAUGGGGAUCUAUGUGUUGGGAUAAGGAGGGCCAAGAAGGGGAUUGGUGGAGGGACUGAGUUCUCUUCUGGAUGGAAUAACCCUCUCUUUGGUGGUGGUGGUGGCUUCUUGUGUGGGAGUGAGAGUAGUUUUGUGAGUGGUGCAAAAAGUGGUGGUGAUCAUGAGAUAGUGGGAAGAGUGGCUCCUGAAUCUGUUGUUGAGGCUGUGACUUGUGCUGUUAAUGGAAGACCCUUUGAGGUUGUGUACUAUCCGAGGGCUAGUUCACCGGAGUUUUGUGUUAAGGCUUCUGUUGUGAAGGCUGCAAUGCAAAUUCAGUGGUGUUCUGGAAUGAGAUUCAAAAUGCCCUUUGAGACUGAGGAUUCUUCUAGGAUCAGCUGGUUCAUGGGAACCAUUUCUUCUGUUCAGGUUGCAGAUCCCAUCCGUUGGCCUGAUUCUCCUUGGCGUCUUCUGCAGGUGGUGUGGGAUGAGCCAGAUUUACUUCAAAAUGUCAAGUGUGUGAACCCUUGGCUGGUUGAACUAGUCUCAAACAUGCCUACAUUCAAUCUCUCUGCAUACUCACCUCCUAGAAAGAAACAACGUUUUCUUCAGGAUCCUUAUUUUCAAGUCAUCAACCAACUCCCAAUGCCAUCAUUCUCUAGCAACCUUCUCAAUUACACCAACUCUCUUUGCACCAUUCAAGAUAGUAAUAGUUCUGGAGGCAUACAGGGAGCCAGGCAUGCUCAAUUUGGACUAUCUCCAUCUGAUUUUCCCUUCAACAAGCUCCCAGCAGACAUGCUUCUAGGUGGUUUCUCAAGGCUUGACCAUGCAGCAGCACAGCCUAUUAGGCCACCUUGUGGAACCUAUAAGAACAACACCACUACUAAGGCCAAUGUUGGCAUUUCUUGCUUGUUGACAGUGGGAAAUCCUGGCCAGAAUUUCAAGGAAUCCAAUGAAACAAAAGCACCUCACAUCUUGUUAUUUGGAAAACUCAUUCAGACUGAGCAAAAGAGUUCAAACACUAGCUCUGCCAAUACUAAUGGUAAUAGUGUAUCUGAGGGGAAUUCACACAAGACAUCUAAUGCUUCCGAUGGCCUAGGUUCUGGUUUGCAUCAAGGUAGUCCAAUUGAGAACAAUUCUGAUGGAGGGUCUCCCUGGUACAAGGACCAACACAAGUCUGAUCUUGGAACUGACAAUGUUAACACAUUGUGUAUUGCUUUAUAACAAAAUCGCCCCUAUUUUCAGUUGCUACGCCAGUGAGUUCUUGGAGACAAUACAUCAAUGCGGCUAACUAUUCUUAUAACAGAUUUCAGUAGCUGUAGUGUUGUUGCCUUUGUUGUAUAGGUGUUUCUUUUCCUUCGGCAUAAAUUGUACUUGGGUGCAAGUUAACAAAAAUAUUCCCCCGUUUGAUUCAGAAACAUAUUUUAUGACACCAUAACAACUAUUAUGUGUUGUUUGUUAAAACUGAGUAACCGUUUUGAUGAACUGAAGGGGUAAUAUUUUCGUUAACUUGCACUUGACUGAAGUUUUCUCUCCUACUACUGUAUUUCCUUAUUGAGGGAGAAUCCCUCUUCCAAUUAUAUAUGGGAUGAUGUAACUCAUGAGUUUCUAUCAAAGAAUGCUUGUCUUUGUUCUUGAUUUAA